AAGUACAUUUUAUCCAUCACUUCUUUUCUGUCAUGAUAACGCCCACAACAACAUCAAUGACAAAAUCGGUUCGUUUCAGAUUGAUGAUUUUUAUGCUGUUCAUGGUGUCGCAGGUUGUUCAUGGUGAACAACAAAUCAGAUGCCUUCCAAAGGAGAGGGAAGCACUCCUUCAAUUCAAGGCUGCCGUUGUCGACCGCUACGGCAUGCUCUCCUCUUGGACCAUUCCCGACUGCUGUCAGUGGCAGGGAAUUCGUUGCAGCAACCUCACCGCCCAUAUCCUAAGUCUCGACCUUCCUGGUGAAUAUCCAAAUUUUAUUCAGACAGGUUAUAUAAGCGGAUCGAUCCACGAGUCGUUAAUAGAGUUGCCACAAUUAGAGUAUUUAAAUCUCAGUUCCAAUGGUUUUGGUUACAAGAAAAUUCCAGAGUUUUUUGGUUCUAUCAGAAACUUGAAAUACCUUGAUCUGUCGUCAUGUCAGUUUGGCGGAGAAAUUCCAAGUCAGUUAGGCUAUCUUUCUCAUUUGAAAUACUUAAAUCUUGCUUGGAAUGAUUUAGAGGGUUCAAUCCCUCGUCAGUUUGGAAAUCUCUCCCAGUUGCAGCAUCUUGAUCUUCGGAACAAUAUGUUUUUCUUAAAUAUACCGUCCCAACUUGGAAACCUCACCAAGUUGGAACAGCUCUGUCUUGGAUGUACUUUUGGAGAAGGUAUGAAAAUUGAAGACGGAGGUCAGUGGCUCUCAAAUCUCCUUUCUUUAACCCAUCUUUGCUUGGACUAUGUAUCAAAUCUUAAUACUUCUCAUACUUUGUUGCAAGUGAUUGCGAAGUUACCUGAACUUAGAAAACUAAGCUUAGCUGCUUGUAGCCUUUCCGAUCAUUUCAUUCUGUCAUCCAAACAUUCUAAGUUCAAUUUCUCUACUUCCCUCUCUGUCCUUGAUCUAAGCGAUAACACCUUCACAUCACCAAUGGUAUUCCAGUGGGUCUCAAACAUCACUUCCAACCUUGUUGAGCUUCACCUUAGUAAUAACCACUUGGAGGGUUCCAUAUCAAGUCAUUUUGACAUGCUCAUGCAUUCGCUUAGGCAUCUUGACCUUAGUUAUAACAACUUGGAGUGGGCGUCAAACAUCACUUCCAACCUUGUUGAGCUUGACCUUAGUCAGAACCACUUGGAGGGUUCCACAUCAAGUGAUUUUGGCUUGCGCAUGAAUUCGCUUAGGCAUCUUGACCUCUCCGGUAAUAAUUUCAAGGCCAGGGAUUUGAAAUCCUUCAUUAAUAUAUGCACCUUACAUUCUUUAUAUUUGUCUUCAAACAAUUUGACUGAAGACCUUCCCUCCAUUCUCGGUAAUUUGUCCAGUAGAGGUUCCGUUAGACACUCAUUGCAAGAAUUGGAUCUGUCAUGGAAUCACAUCACUGGCACUUUGUCUGACAUUUCAUUAUUCUCCUCUUUGAAAUCAUUAUUUCUUAAUGAAAAUCAGUUAAGUGGAAGGAUCCAUGAAGGUGUGAAGUUACCAUCUACUUUGGAGGAUUUUUCAAUUAACUCAAAUUCUUUAGAAGGUGGAAUUCCAAAAUCAUUUGGGAAUGCAUGUGCUUUACUCUCAUUAGACAUGUCAAAUAAUAACUUGAGUGGUGAGCUUCCAACGAUAAUUUCUCAUUUGUCUGGAUGUGCUAGAUAUUCAUUGCAAGAAGUAUAUCUAUACAUGAAUCAAAUCAAUGGCACACUACCUGACUUCUCAACAUUCACAUCUUUACAAAUAUUAGAUCUUUCUGAAAAUAAGCUAAAUGGAGAGAUUUCUAAGGACAUUCAAUUCUCACCUGAAUUGGAGAAGCUCUGCAUCUCUUCAAAUUCUUUAAAGGGUGUGUUGACUGACUACCACUUUGCCAAUAUGUCUAAGUUACAUGAUUUAGAUUUAUCUGAUAAUUCAUUGGCCUUGACAUUUACAGAAAAUUGGGUCUCAUCUUUUCAGUUGUUCACCAUAAAGUUGAGAUCUUGCAAACUAGGUCCAACAUUUCCGAAAUGGUUGCAGGCACAAAAUAAUUUUUUUUAUAUUGACAUUUCAACAGCUGCAAUAUCAGAUAUUGUUCCUAAAUGGUUUUGGGCUAAAUUAUCAGUACAACAAGUGAAGACGAUGAAUAUUUCAUACAACAAUCUACGAGAUUGUUGGAGGCAAUUGAACUCACUAGUUUAUUUGGAUUUGAGUCACAACAAAUUUUCAGGAAAAAUUCCUAUGUCAAUGGGAUCCCUCCUUGAUCUUCAAGCAUUGUUGUUGAGAAACAACAAUUUAGUAGGAGGAAUCCCGUUAUCCUUGAGGAAUUGCACAGAGCUAGUAAUGCUUGAUAUAUCAGAGAACAAAUUAUCAGGAUCUAUCCCUGAUUGGAUUGGGACAAAAGAAAAUUUGAAAAUUUUAAGUUUGGGAAAGAAUCAAUUCUCUGGGAGUUUACCUAUAGAGGUUUGUUGUCUGAUAAACAUUCAAGUCUUCGAUCUCUCUAUAAACAACUUGUCUGGAAAAAUUCCUAAAUGCAUAAAAAACUUUACUUCAAUGGUUCAAACGACAUCUUCAAUAUACGGUGGACGUCAUUCAUAUUUUUACAAGUAUGGUGUUGUUGAAACUGUCGGAACAUACAAUUUGAAAGAAUUGUUGACAUGGAAAGGUUUAGAUCAAAUGUUUAUGAAUAACGGUUUGUCACUUUUAAAAAUGAUUGACUUUUCAAGCAAUCAUUUCUCAGAAGAAAUUCCUAUAGAAAUAGAGAAAUUAUCUGGUCUGAUUUCAUUGAACUUGUCAAGAAACAAUUUGAUUGGAAAAAUUCCUUCAAACAUUGGAAAUAUAACAUCACUUGAUUCUCUUGAUUUGUCAAGAAACCAACUUGUUGGUUCAAUUCCUCUAAGUCUUGCUCAAAUUUAUGGACUUGGUGUGUUAGAUUUGUCUCAUAAUCAUCUAAGUGGAGAAAUUCCUAAAGGCACACAAUUACAGAGUUUCAAUAAAUCUAGUUAUGAAGAUAAUCUUGAUCUUUGUGGACCACCACUUGAGAAGUGUAUUGAGGAUGGAUCUGCACAAGAACCAAAUGUUGAAGUUGAAGAAGAUGAAUAUUCAUUUUUCAAUAAUGACUUUUUCAUAAGCAUGGCAAUUGGAUUUACUCUAAGUUUUUGGAUGGUUUUUGGCUCAAUCUUAUUCAAACGCUCUUGGAGACAUUCCUAUUUCAACUUCUUAAAUAAGUUAACCGAUAACAUUCAUGUCAAAGUAGCCAUCUUUCGGAAAAAAUAUUUAUGGCCCUUGAAGAACGAUUCUCUUGCGUGACUUCAACAUUCAAGCUCGUUAAUGAUUGGACAAGGCAAAGGUUUCUUCAAAUUCCCUUCCUGCUCAUAAAAAGUCUUUAAGGUGAAAUGGGAAACUAUAGUGUGAAUGCUUUGAUUGUUUGAAGUUUUACUUUUUUAUUAAAUUAAGAACUUUUAUUAAGCGUUG